GCAACAGGCGGUAGCACCUACCGUUUUUAGACUUUUCAUUUCGUCUUUUGUGAGUUUCCUUAAAAGUUUAAAACUCUUAUUUAGGAAUUUCACAAUAUUCUGAUUUUUCAGAACUUUCAGCUUAGUAUUUAUCGACAGCUCCGGAAAUUAGUACUCGCAUAGUUUUAAAACAAUGGAAUUUUUAGAAUACAACGAUGUUUCCGCAGAAAUAAAGGGCAACAUGGUACCAGGAAGAUUGAAAAUGACAGACCAGAAUAUUAUAUUUAAAAACAGCAAGACUGGUAAAGUUGAACAGAUCUCAGCCAAUGAUAUAGAACUAGUAAACUUUCAAAAAUUUAUUGGUUCAUGGGGACUCAGAGUUUUUCUAAAAAAUGGUACCUUACAUAGAUAUGGAGGUUUUAAGGAGGGAGAGCAAGAAAAAGUUGCCAAAUUCUUCAAAAGUAACUACAAUAAGGAUAUGCUUGAAAAAGAAUUGUCAUUGAAGGGCUGGAACUGGGGAACAGCCAAGUUCAAUGGUGCUGUGCUGAGUUAUAAUGUCGGCUCACACACAGCCUUUGAAAUACCACUGCAUUAUGUAUCACAAUGUAAUACUGGGAAAAAUGAAGUUACACUGGAGUUCCAUCAGAAUGAUGACACACCUGUAUCACUCAUGGAGAUGAGGUUCCACAUACCAACCAGCGAGCUGGCUGGUGACAUGGAUGCAGUGGAAGCAUUCCACCAACAGGUCAUGAACAAAGCCAGUGUCAUCUCAGUUUCUGGUGAUGCUAUUGCCAUCUUUAGGGAGCUGCAGUGUCUUACGCCACGUGGUCGCUAUGACAUAAAGGUGUUCCAAACAUUCUUCCAACUCCACGGUAAGACCUUUGACUACAAGAUUCCAAUGUCGACAGUACUCCGCCUGUUCUUACUGCCACAUAAGGACACACGGCAGAUGUUCUUUGUGGUGUCUCUGGACCCACCCAUCAAGCAGGGUCAGACUAGAUAUCAUUAUCUGGUGCUGCUCUUUGGUAUUGAGGAGGAAACUAGCUUGGAGUUACCAUUUACAGAGGAAGAAUUGAAAGAGAAGUAUGAAGGGAAAAUUACAAAAGAACUAUCGGGGCCCACUUACGAAGUGCUGGCAAAAAUAAUGAAAGUUAUAAUAAAUCGGCGUGUCACUGGUCCAGGAGACUUUUUGGGGCACCACAAGACGCCCGCGAUCGCGUGCUCGUACAAGGCAGCCGCCGGCUACCUGUACCCGCUAGAGAAGGGCUUCAUCUAUGUGCACAAGCCACCCGUGCAUAUCCGCUUCGAAGAGAUGGCUUCCGUUAACUUCGCCAGAGGAGGCGCUUCUUCCACCAAGUCGUUCGACUUCGAGAUAGAGUUGAAGUCGGGCACAGUUCACACGUUCAGUAGCAUCGAGAAGGGUGAAUACGACAAGCUGUUCAACUACAUCACGUCUAAGAAACUUCACGUCAAGAAUACCGGCAAGAAUGACAAGGCGCUGUACGACGAUGACUUCGGCGACUCGGACACGGAGAAGGAGCCCGACGCGUACCUCGCUCGCGUCAAGGCGGAGGCCAAGGAGCGCGCGUCCGACGACAGCGACGGCUCCGACGAGAGCACCGACGAGGACUUCAACCCCGACAAGGCCAAGGAGAGCGACGUCGCCGAGGAAUAUGAUACAAACCCUUCAUCAUCAGAGGACUCUGACGCAUCGAAUGCUUCCAAAGAUAGUAAGAAAGAUAAGGACAAAGAGAAGGAAAAGAAAAAGGACAAGAAACCAAAGAAGGCGAAAACUAUUUCUGAAGCGCCUCGUAAACGCAAGGACCCCUCGAAGAAACGCGAAAAAGACGUGAACGCCCCAAAGAGGCCCUCGACCGCGUUCAUGCUGUGGCUUAACGAGAACCGGAAGAGCAUCCUGGAGGCGAACCCCGGCAUCAAGGUCACCGACGUGGCCAAACGAGGUGGAGAGAUGUGGCGCGACCUCGGCGACAAGUCGGAAUGGGAGGAGAAAGCCAACAAAGCGAAAGAAGAGUACAACAUCGCUAUGAAGAAAUACAAGGACAGUGGCGCAGCGGACGAGUUCAAACAGAAGAAGAAACAGGCAGAGAAAGAGAAGAAAGCAGCGGAGAAGAAGAGCAAGCCCAGUGCGGCGGCAAGCAAGAAACAGAAGAAUACCAGCGUUGGUUCAGGCUCCGGGAAGUUCACCAGCAAAGAGUAUAUCGAUGAUGAUGACAGCUCCUCCGAUUCUGACAAUGAUAAGAAAAAAGAUACGAAGGACUCAAAAAAAGAAAAAUCGAAAAAAUCGUCAUCAGAAGCCGAGGCGUCCUCUGGGUCCGGCAACGAGAGCGGAAGCGGUAGUGAUUAAUUAUAAUAAACACUCGAUAUCGUGUUGAAAUAAUUCCACAUCAGUGCCAACAUUUUAUACCAUCAAUUAAUCUCAUUUUUAAGUACCUACAGAAUAACCAUACUAAGCGUAACAGUAUGUAUAUCAUAGAGUUGAUUUUUUUCACAUCAAUUAUCUCUUUUAAAUAAAACACUUCGUAAGAUUUUUUAACAAACUUCCGAGUGUUGGUUGAAAACUGUCAUCUAUCUGAAAAGUUCACGAAACGUCGGGAUAGCUAAAAUAAUGAUACAAAAGUAACUUUUACGCAGAAAAUAAUUUAAAAACAUAAUAACACGCGUUUUAAUCCUAAAAUGUUUUAUUUCAAUGUGUAACACUUGCGUUAAUCAAAGGAAAUGCUAUGUAAUCUCAUUUCUAUUUCUUGUUAACAUUAACGAUCCGUAGCAUAAAUUACCUUUUAUCUUCUUAGAUCAUUUAUACGUCUAGAUAGACUGUGUCAGCAUGAUAACGUCGAAAAAAAAUUGAGGCUAACUGUUAACCUCUAUUUGGAGCAAUGCACGCACACUAACACCAAGUGACAUACAAAUCGCGAGUGUAAGACUUGCCACGCACACUAAAGUAAUAAUCCCGGCUUGUUUUUACUUACACAAAAGUUGCCUGUGUUGCCAUAUUGACUGUGUGCGACAGAAAUGUACCUUAUAAAAUAUCUAGUAAACUGAUCUGGAACUUGAGAUGUUUUUGAUUUCUCAUAUUCUGUUUGUGUAAAUAGUUCUAAUAUUAAUUAGAUUUAAGUUCUUAAUUUUAAUUUUUGUGUUUCCUUAUGAAUAUAAUUUCCAAAUGA